GUCCACGAGAAGAAAUCAAACCAGAUCAAAACACAGCCCCGCACGCCACUACUUUACUCUGCAGCCAUGCACUCCAGCUUGUUUACUCCCAGAUAAAAGUCUAGCUAGGUAGAGAGAUAAUCCGGGCAGUGGAUGGACUGAGCUGAGCUGAUCGACCUAGCUCGCUCGCGCGCGAUCGAUCGAUGAUGAAGGUGGAGCAGCCGGAGCUCCGCGGCAUGCAGCACCAGCAGCGGUGCGACUCGUGCCGGUCGGCGCCCUGCGCGUUCUACUGCCGCGCCGACUCGGCGGCGCUCUGCGCGGCGUGCGACGCGGACGUGCACUCCGCCAACACGCUGGCCAGCCGCCACCGCCGCGUCCCCAUGGGCGCGGCCGCGGUGGCGGCCCCGGCCGGUGGCGCCUUCGUCGUCCGGCCCGCCGGCGGCGUCAACUCCUCCUGGCCCAUCCGCGAGGGUCGCAGGCGCUACUACGACGACGACGUCGGCGGCGGCGAGGAAGAGGACGAGGAGGAGGCCACGUCGUGGCUGCUCCUCGACCCGCUCAAAGGCGGCUCCGAGGGGCACGCGGCGCCGGCGUACGGCGACGCGCUGGUCGCUGACUUCCUUGACCUCGGCGGAGCGGGGGAGAAGGACGAGUCGGUCAAGGAGUGCCGCGGCGUCCAUGGGAUCGACAUCAACGAAGGUAGCAGCCACGAGUUCGUCGUGCCCGGUGAGCAGCUGCCGGAGCGGCAGUGCUUCACCGGGGAGACGGCGUACGAUGCGCACAACUUUGAGCAAGGGUACGGAUAUGGCGCAACAUUCCAACGCAGCCUAUCAAUGUCAUCAUCACCGGACAACAGCAGCACCGUCCAGGACGUGAGCAGCUCCUACCUGAGACGCAGCGAGAGCAGCGUCGACCUCUUCUCCACGGCGGCGGCGCACAUGUCGCCGCAGUUCAUGGCCAUGGACAGGGAGGCCAGGGUGCACCGGUACAGGGAGAAGAGGAAGAUGAGGCGGUUCGAGAAGACCAUCAGGUACGCGUCGCGGAAGGCCUACGCCGAGACCCGGCCACGGAUCAAGGGCCGGUUCGCCAAGCGCGCCGACGCCGACCUCGAGGUGGAUCAGUACUUCUCCGCCGCCGCGCUGUCCGACUCCAGCUGCGGCGUCGUGCCCACGUUCUAGGCCCGCUCCGACCUCCUAGCCAAGA